AUGGACCUCUUCUUCCUCAGCACCAUUGGGGUCCUGUUCGCCGUCCUGCCCCUCCUCUAUGUCUACACGUGCUCCGUCGUGCAGACACGCUUCCCGACCCUGCGCAACAAGCGCAUCUGCCUGCUCAUUGCCCACCCGGACGAUGAGGCCAUGUUCUUUGCGCCUACGGUGCUGGCCCUCACCCGGCCCGAGACCGGCAACCACGUCAAGAUCCUGUGCCUGAGCACCGGCAACGCGGACGGGCUGGGCGAGACGAGGAAGAAGGAGCUGGUAAAGAGCGCCAUGCUUCUCGGCCUGCGACAGGAGGACGACGUCUUUGUCAUUGAUAGCCCGGACUUCCCCGACAGCAUGACGACCCCCUGGGACGAGCAACGCAUCUCGACCCUCCUAUCGAAGGCCUUCGCCCCCUAUCUACUCCGUCCGAACUCGCCCUCCUCCGCCGCGCCCGCCGCCUCCAUCGACGUGCUGAUCACCUUCGACAGCCAGGGCGUGUCCUCGCACCCCAACCACAUCUCGCUGUACCGCGGCGCUCGGCGCUUCCUGUCGGCCCUGACGGCGGGUAGGUCGGGCUUUGCGUCCCCCGUCGACCUGUACACCCUGACCACGGUCAACGUGCUGCGCAAGUACGGCACGUUCCUCGACAUGUUCGCCACGAUGUUUGACUCCAUGCUGGCCGGCGCCGAGGGGCGGAAGAAGAACGGCCAGGGCAACCCGGGCCGGCUGGUCAACAUGAGCAGCCUCUUUGGCGGCCGGGAGAGCGCCGGCACCGCGCGCCAGGCCAUGACGGACGCGCACAAGAGCCAGAUGGUGUGGUUCCGCUGGGGCUGGAUUUCUCUCAGCCGGUAUAUGGUCAUAAACGAUCUCCGCCUUGAGAAGGUCAAGUUGUGA